AUGGAUGGCAAGGCUAAAACGACACCCAACGGUAAUAAGGAGCUGUUCCAUCAUGUGAGGAUUCCCAAGACAAGGAUUGCCAAAGGAUUAAUAGAAUCAUCGGACUGCGGUGAAUAUUUGUUGCUGUUCAUGAUGAAGGGAUGCAACGAUAUGCCUUCUGUACUUCAGCCAAAUUCAUCCGACAACGUCGCAGGAAAAUCGGACUUUGUGGAAGUGAUUACAAUGCCGCAGUACGAGCAUAGUGUUGGAUUGAUUAGCGUUAAUAUGGAUUGUGUCGUGCUUGGGAACAUCGAGGAUGUGAAAUUGAUACUGCCAGUGCACGGUCUGCAGGAUGCCAGCUUCAUAUCCAUAUUUCCCUGGCGAUUCCGUUGUUGCGGCGAUCGGGAGUACAUUGUCCGAGAUGGUUGGCACAAAGCCAUCGAUUUAGUUGACUGGUUCCAGAGGCGGCCGCCGUUGGAGAACCCACCCUUAAAACGCGUCCUUAAUUGCGGAAUCUGUUCUGCCACUAGGUUCAUCGAUGCGACCCGGUGAAACAGAUUGGUGAGCAA